AGCAAGACGGAGUGACACACAAUUACAAAUCUCGAAACAUUACCAGAUCUAGAACGUAGUGCAGCAACUAGUACAGUAAACGAGCGUAAUUGAUGCAAAAGAUUUCGUGGUAAGAGGAAAGACUAGUCAGGUCAAAAUGGGCCUCUGCGGAGGCGGGGGCGCCCUACGUCAGGAGCGAGAUAACCUGCAGAGGCAGAAAGUUAAGGAUUUUUGCUCAUGGCACAUAGAAAAUGACCAGCAAAUCGAUCAUAUUAGCUGGGCCGCCUCAGCAUUUCGUUUUGGGAAGACGUCUUCCCUUCAGUCCUCAACUAGAGUGUGUCUUCUAAUGAAGAGGCGCUCGAAACCCAACUGAAGCAGUUGGAGCAAGAGAAGGCUCGCGUCGAGGAAAACCUGCAUGGGCAAAUCAGUGAGCGAGAUCAAAAACUGCAGCAGGUUUGACACGAAUCUACACUCAAUUAUACGUCUUAGCCUAAGUUACUGAUUAAGAUGAUCGUAGAGAUAGCCUAGUGUGUAUUUAACACUGCAGGUUAACUUGAAGGUUGUGAUGUUUUUCCUCACCCCUCUCACAAAUGGAGUCGUGGAAAGAAAUAUAAGCUAACGAUCCCCAGGUCCUUGCAGAACAGCGUGUUACAAAAACAAAUUUGGACGAAGCGGUAGGACAGAAGGACAAUGUGGCACAGCAGCUCAACAAGGAGCUCACGCAACUGCAAGCGGAAAAGAAAAAGAAGGAUAAAGAUUUGAAAGAACUACAAGCGGUAUUAUUAACGAAGACACUUUACUUAUAAAUUUUGGAGUUCUAGUACUACUCCUUUGAAGAUGAUCUAGAUCUUCUAGUUAUUGGCCAAGGCUGUCUGAAAUUAUGUAGUAUCGGAAAUCACCGUGCUUUAUUGUGGCUAUGCAGGCCUACUCUUCAACUUGUCCAUACAGCUUUUCAGCGAGUAUCAGAAGCAUGCGGAAAAGCAUAUAGAAUAUCUCGCGGGAUGCGAAGACAAGACGCCUUUGAUUCUUUUCGAGGCUUACGAUGGUGACCAAGGGACUUUCCUUGGUGAGCAGCUGCUAUUCGGAUCAGGCGAAUUUCACUUGGUAUCUAUGAUAACCAGUAGUUGAUGAAUGAAUUAUUUCUAUUUGGAGAAGUUCACCGCACACAAUCACAAGAGACAAAGCGACGGUGCUAUGGACUUCUUUGAACAAUAAAUUUCUCACUCUCAGAUCGAUCGCGUAGCACACUCUCGAGAUGAUCCACAGAAGGGUAGCAGCGAGCAGCUGGCUAGCGUUGCGAGGCAGACGGCGGCGGGAAAGAUACGCGUUGUAGUAGAACAAGAACCAGAUAAGGCAACAGAUUUCUAAUAUACUACUUUCUGUUUUGUUGAUCAUGUGAUGAAUGGAUAAUUUGAUAAAUGCCAAUAGGACGCGUGGUAAGUUUAUGUGCAUCUCCAACGUGAUGAAUGGAUCAACGUAUACGUCUAAGAGUUGGAUUUCCCUAUCGACCCCAGGUGGACCUCUUUCAUGAAUACUGGAGAUGGCAGUCCAGACGACGAGAAGCAGUUAGUAGUUAGGUCGCUGUAUCAAGAGGGAGGCUCGUCUUCUUCCAGUGUCAACUUUAGCAGUGUCGCGUUUAAGGUAUCCUUCUCGCACUGAAUCUGCAAAACUCAGAAGAAUAGGAAUUUUGUUUUCUCCUUAUUGCUUGAUGUCGUAAUUUCAAGAACGCAACAAGGAGUCUCGUCUUCUAGGCCCGAUUCCAUAAAUCUUCUAGUACUCUCACAACACUUCCACACUGGUAUGUUACCGUCUAAAAAACAUUUUCACUAGGUUUGGCUAAAGGCGCCUACGGAGGGCAGCCCGCGCGCGACGGCCGAGGAACCAGCCCAGAAAUUAGAUGAGGACGGAUCUCCAAUAUUAGUUGACAAAAAGGCUGCGAGUGUCUGGACAGUGGUUACCACGAAACAUUAUACGGCUUACUUCAUAUCUCAUUUCGCACCACCUACACGCGUAGGUCCUUCUAUCAAUCAGUACUAGAAUCAUAUAAUUAGAAUUUCUGAAAUCCACUACUGUGGUAAUUUCUGAUUCUGUCUAUUAAACUCCCAUCAAGUUGGUGCAGACAACGUGCGUGAUCAUACUACUACAACCAAGGUUCCUCAACAUAGUUAGACAACUAUUACUAAGUACGUAAUAUCAUGUAGUAAGAGUUGUAACUAAGCAAAAGCAUCUGGUAGUACACUGAUCUGGUGACGAUCUGACCAUGCUAAAGAUUAAGCAGGCUGGUAGCUUGUUAUUUCUUUGUUCACCUUUCAUUCCUUCUGUGGUGAUUCCCGGGGAUGCCUUGGAAGAUCCUACACAGUAUGGCUGGGUAGCCGAAUUUUCACAUGGUAUUGGCGACGAUCCUGCAGUAAUAUCCUAUCCAUGCGGGAAGUUAUGCUCCUCAUGCCUAGUUUUACAUUAUUACUUACUUAUACAUAGUUGUAAGUUAUGCUCCUCAUGCGUAGUUUUAUACAUUUACUUACUUAUACAUAGUUGUAAGUUAUGCUCCUCAUGCGUAGUUUUAUACAUUUACUUAUAGUUGUAACUUAGUAGAAGUCGUUCAUCUUUUGACUUUUCAGUCUGUACUGGUUAUCUAAUAAUUCGUACUUGUCGACGUCCUUCAAUUAGCUAAGUACAUCGUACAUGGAAAAUGACUCAUCUUCAACUCCUGCUAUCAGCCGUCUCUCUCGUUUUCCUCAGCACUCUGUCUAUAAUUUGCCCUCAAUGUGGUCAAUAAUCUCCCCACGCACCCUCUUCUCCUCUCUAAGCAUUGCAUCGUCAGGAGCGCACAAAGCGGAGGCGCAGUUGCGGGACAUGGGUCUGCACGCGCAACAGCUACAGCAAAGGAUCCAAGACCUGGAGAGGGAUAAAGCGGUGAUUAAGGCUUGAAAUCCAAAAAUUCCAUCUUACGUAUGAAACAUCUUCUUGGAGCUGUUCGAAUGAUCAAGAUGAAUCCUAAGAUGGAUUCGGGUGAGUUCUAAGGUAAGUGCUGAAAGAGAGCAAGACUUUGAUCGAAUGCGGCAGGCCCUGGAAGAGAAAGACCGAGAGCUCGAAAUGAAAUUAGCAGAAGCAACGAUGAUAAUUUAUGAACGGCUAAAAACAAAUCGAAAUUCGCAGAAGCAAAGUAGAUUCAUUUCUUCGAAAAAGAAUUUACAUUUACAGUAUAAGUGUAAGUGGUGUACGUACCCAGUGGCAUCUAUUGUUAAUGUUAGGCUUAUUUUGUGACUUGUCAUCAAAAGUGUUGUAAAAAGCGUUUGACGUAGUUUGUAACAGCACAGUCUCAUUCACUCCCUCCCUCCCUCUCUUCACCUUCAUAGACAACAGCAGAGUGGCGGUGGUGCAGCUGCAGGGGGCGCAGGUGCCGGCGACGGAGCAGGACGUGGCUCCUCCUUAGAGAGGCAACUCGACAAAUUAGUGCAAUCACAGCCUGUCGCGGUUAGACUUCCAGGCUUGGACUCUCUCGACGAGGACAAUAAGCUGCGCUUCUUCCAGCUCUUGCUGCAAGAAGAUAGUGGUAUUAAGGCUACCGGUAAAUCAUUCUCAGUCCUUAAAAAAAAUUAUCCUCGACUCUUUUUAUUUUACCCGGAAAAGCAGCUUCCAGAGUGGAAAAUUUAGGGAAAAUGUGACCUGGCUUUUUUCUAAUCGUAUUUUGUAUCAGAACGAGGAGGUCGAGGUACAUUGGCUGCAGAGCUUCCCCUUCACGAACGACGACUUCUACCACCAUGCGGAGCGUGGGCUGUUAGCUGGCCGUGUAGACCUGAAGCUCUUUUCAAAGGGGUUCGAGAGUAUCCACUUGAAAUGCACGAAUAACGAUGUCAAAGGACUCAAAGUAUCACUUAUAUAUCAUGCUUUGUGAGGACAAGGACAUCGACUUUGUUGUACGUCGAAGUAACCUGCAUGUGUAUGUACUACUCGUCUGGCCACGUUGCAAGCAACAAUUAGGAUGGAACGUCGUGGAGUCAGUUUCAUAUUACAACUCAUAUUAGACAACUCAUAAGUCUACGAAGAUGGAUUGCCGAAUUAUUAAGUCUACGAUGGAUCAACAUCAAUCUUGCCCUUUAGCAUUACCUCACGGUAAAGUUGAUGACCUCUCAGGUAGUACCUUUGCCGAUUAGUGCGGCAGCAUCGACAAAAGAGGCCGGACCCCCACAGGUGAUAAUACAGACAAUUUGCGUGGAAUUGUUGGAGCUUUUAGCUAAGGGUAGUUCUUCACUAUUCCAGGUGGACUAUGCUGAGUGGCGCUCUCCUUGAUUUAAAGAGAAAACAAGGGGGGCGCAGGGCAUCCUGCUCGACUCGGUAUAGUGAAAGACUACCGCGCGCUAAUCUAAAGGCCCACCCGUUUGUCAAAUGCGACAUAACCGUACUGGAUUUAUGGGCGUCGGAUAUUGUCUAUCUCGUCUUAGCAGCAUACUGAUUUAGGUAGCCAUACUGCUUCUAAUCUUCUACAUCUAGUACUUACUCUUAGACGUAUCUAUGUCUUUUUAGUAGAAGCACCGCUUCUUAGAAGGUCGUAACUAUGUACAGUUUCGAUUUGAAUCUCUAUUUCCUUCGUUCAUACCAAUCCCAAACACGGAUCGAACACGAUUGCACGUUUGCGUUGCCGAUAGUGUUGUUGAAAUUCUGCCUACCAUGGGAAGUCGAUGCGACAGAUUUGACUGAAUUCGCGAAGACGUGUCCUCGAAAUUGUGUCGCGCAAGCGGCUGGGAUAUUCUACCGCGAGGUCCAUCUAGAAAGAUGCUAAUAUUUCAUGUUCUUGUUCUUGAUGAAAUAGAAGAUGAAGAUGUUACAAAGGUGGUACCACGGUAGAGGAAACAUUUGAUAGGUAAGACCGUGGUGACUCUCCUUUCCAUUUCUUCUUCGCAGAAAGAACAUCAUUAAGCUUUAUUUUGCAACGAAACUCAAACUUCGCAGGUUCUUUCCGACGACUUUCCCCUGAACCUGCUAACUUUUGGCGGCAUAUUGUCCGAAGUAGAGCGCACUAUGGACAGAAUUACGCUGGCAACAAGUCUCGUCCGACACGGCGUCUGCAAGAAGGACUUGAACGUCGUGAUUUACUUGCAGGCCAGCAAGAUCGAGGUUUUGAGCCACGACAAGCGUUUGAGCGAGAUUGUCCUUUACACGCUUCAAGACUACUUUGCUUUUGCUACGAAAAAUCUGGCUGACAUGGAACAGAUGUACAAAUAACCGAUGCAGGUGGCGGACUGGGGAUUAUGAUCGUGGAUCGGGUUACUGAUCCUGCACUUCAGUGCUGCACUUAAGUACAGUGGAUAUUCCUCAUUACUCACGUACAACACAGUACACUGGGAGUUUACUGAUCAGUGAUCAAUUAUACUUAGUACGUCGCGGAAGCGGAUAGUGUUAGUGCGUUGGUCGUCCACGAUCGAGACGAGGUAGGUACUUUCAAAGAAGUACUAGAGUAUAGAAUUGAUUCAUGAUAACACUACGACACAGACUUGUCUUACCUUUACUAGCAGAAAAAUGUCAACAAUGACACUGCGUACAAGGACUUAGGGAAUAGAUUUCUAAACUGAUUUCGAUUUGUUGAUUGUAUCACAAUCACUUGUCAAGUGACACUUGAUGAACUUUGUACGUUGUUUACCAGUAGUAUCUUGUUUUUGUUGUUGAUGACUGUUACGCGCAUAAUAUAAUCCGGAAACCGUGAAAUACCUUACAGCAAAUUCGCUAGGCAGACCCAGAGGUAGAGUUGUUUUACACUGAAGAUAAUGAGUAAAAUUCAGAUUGUAGUGCAGCUACUAGUUGUUUGUGUUAGGGUUCGUAGUCGAAUUUUCCUUUGAGGAAUAUAACGCAGAAUUGUUCGUCUUCGCUUUCCGUAUCGAUAGUUUGAUCACUUUGUCACUGUUUCACAUGUUUUUUAUCCAACGAACUCUGUUUUCUAUUUCUUUCUAUUUUUCUUUGUCUGUCAGUAAUGCAUGGCGAGCAUUGUGUAUAUCAAAGAGCAAAGUGUUCAUGUUUAUGAUAAUGGUGCAGUAUCACGUAGUUAUAUCUUUUUCUCGACGCGCAAUUAUCCGAGGCAGGUUGUUGUUGUUAUUUAUAUGGGUUCUCGUCGGUGGUCAAGGUCCACCUAAAUGAAAUCAUGGAUUGAUUAUUCGCAGAGAAGAUACAACGGCAACAUCAAGACGGCGAACAAUUUGCCGGAGGCGCCAGCGCAAAUUUUAUUUCUCGACCGGUGGAAGAAAGACCUCCGUAGCGGCACGACUUCGAUGC